CGCGCCGCGGGGGUGCGCUGUGUACCGGGUGUUGCUCCGCGGCGCAGCACCGUAACGCCGCUCCACAAAAAACCGGCAAGAAAUCCGCCACCAUCCGCGCCUUAAACAUGGAUCUGCAGUCCCGGGGCUCAGCCUGCGGACUCCCGGCGACCGCCUAGUCAACCUGAAACCGAUAUUUAUUCACUUUUACGGCAAAAUUGUCACUUUUUAAGUCUCCGAUGGAGGGGGAUUUAAAGGUAGAGUGACCGCAGCUGGACAGCAACUCUCACCGCCUCACCUCCACUUUCACCGGGACACGAAGACGGCGCAUCUGUUCUCGGUUUGAAACGUGAAAGCAAAAACUCGAAACAGGCGCGUUUAUCACUUCAUUAAACCUCCAAGUUUCCACACACGCCGGGGUGUAGUUUGAAUAGAGAGAACACUACAAGGAGCUGACUGAGUGUCUGCCAAGAGCGAGAGAUUCACACAACUGAUUCAGAGUUUGGCAGGCAGGUCCGAGGCCCCCUCAUGCAGAACCACGGGAAAUGAAUAAACCGCCGCAGCCUCUAGCCGGACCCCCCUCUGUCCCCCACCCUGCUCCGUCCCCUGGACUUACACAGGCUGCCUACCCUCCCGGCCAGCCCCCCUCUGUUGUCUUCGGCCCACCUCCACAAAUGAACUCUGCACCGCAGCCCAGACAGUUUGCUCCAGGGCCUCGUGCUUUACAUCAACAGGGUGGAUUCAGGUCACUGCAGCAGUAUUACCACAACCGGCCCAAUUUGCCCAGCAGCGCCCCGCGAGUGCCCCCCAGCAGCACGCCUCGCCCGGUGCCGCCGGCCCACGUUUACCCCGCCAGCUCUCAGAUGAUGAUGAUUCAGCAGCAGCCGCUGCAGUUUGCCAACUCUCAGGGCACAGCAUACUUCCUCCCACCUGGACAGUACCGUCCGCCGUACGUUCCCCCGGCCCAGCAGUAUCCUGUGGCCAGCGCACCUGCAGGCUUCUACUCUGGAACGAAUCCUGAUUACGGCUCUACAUAUGAGGCCUCUCUGGCAGCGAGGGAGAGGCGGGGGGGUGGGGGGAGAGGUACGGGCCGAGAGAACGGCCGAAUCUCUCUGCACGCCGCUCCUCUCACCUCCCAGCGCUACCCCGCUGGAGCAUAUUAUCCCGCUCAGGCACAGUUCCAGACUUCCGUCACCGCCACGCCUGUUAUAAUGAACCCUGCCCAGCAGCAACAGGCCCCGCCCCCUCAACAAGCCCCACCCCAGCAGCACAAAAGGGAGCGCAAGCAGAUCAGAAUACGAGACCCCAAUCAGGGGGGACGUGACAUCACUGAGGAGAUCAUGUCUGGUGGAAGAACCACAUCUACGCCCACACCACCUCAGUCUGUAGGCCCUGAAGGAGGUCCAGUGCAGACCAACGGUGAAACUAUACCUCCACCAGCCGCUGUUGUGAUCCGACCUGAUGACCGCGUGAAGCCUGCGGCUCCGUCAGCCGCCGCCUCGACUCCCCCACCUCCUUCUAAGACGCCGGAGCCAGCUGCUGUAGCUGCUCCUCUCGCUGCCGAGCCUAAAGCCGCGCCAGAUCUCCAGCCUGCUCCGUCUGUGAGUGACGCGUCGGUUCCUCCGCUUCACAACGUCAGCCCUGAUGUCAGCGCUUCUCCUUCUCCUCCCCCUGCUGUUACAUCACUUCCUCCAGCGGACAGUCCCGCCCCGCCAACGUCUGAGACGUGCGACACCGUGGACGCACCUGUUCCGCCUGAAGCUGCGUCUCAAAAGCAGGAGGAGCCCACUGAGCCUGAGCCUCCAGUAGCUCUUGUGGAGCAGCCUUGUGAUAUUGUUGAGAAGGUGGAGCCUGAGGUGCCAAUGGAGAAGGAGCCAGAGCCAUUGCCCGAAAAGGCACAACCAGUCUCUGACUCCGCCCCUGCACCUUCUGCUGCUUCGACCACGCCCCCAGAGGAUGCUGCCGCUCCCACAACCAAUGGCAGUGAUGAAGCUCCUGCUGAGGCCACACCCACCCCACCUCUGAAGAUGGCAAAGCCAGAGACAGAGUUGCCUGUGGAGCAGCCCGAGGAGGCCCCCGUGCCCAACGGUCUGCCUCAGGACCCUGAAGAGCUGCCUGAAGAGAAGCCUGAAGCUAUUGCAGAACCCGUGGCUGAACCUGAAGCUCCUCAAGUGCAGGAGAGCGCCCCCGCUGUUCCGGAGGUGCAGGAGGUGGUCGAGGCGAAAGCAGAAGAAGCUUCUCCUGAGGAGACGACUAUGCAAGCUGCCCUGUCCGUGCCAAAGAAGAAAAAGAAGUUAAAGGAUCUGAAUAACAAAGAUGUGGGAGAUCUCCUAGAUGCCUUCAAAGAGCCUGAGGAGAAAGAGCCUGCUCCUGAACCCGUGACCGCUCAGGUCCAGCCUUCAGAGCCACCGGCUCCGACCGCAGAGGAGUCUGAGGAGACAUGGGAGGAGAAGGAGGACAAGCUGGACAUGGAGAAUGUAGAGCCUGAGGCCACUAAGACUGUGGAGCAGAAAUAUCAGUAUAAAGAGGAACAUUGGAAGCCCAUUAAUCCGGAGGAGAAGAAGCGGUACGACAGGGAGUUUCUGCUGCGCUUCCAGUUCAUCAGUGCCAGCAUGCACAAACCCGAGGGUCUGCCGCACAUCACUGAAGUCGUGCUGGACAAGGCAAAUAAAACUCCCUUGCGGCCCCUGGACCCCAGUCGGCUGAUGAACUGUGGUCCGGACUUCACACCCUCAUUCGCUAACCUGGGCAGACAGCCACCGGGAGGUGGACGAGGACUGCUUCCCGGCCCACGCCGCUCUCAGCAGAGUCAGCGCAAAGAGCCACGCAAAAUCAUCGCCACCGUGUCGCUGAGCGACGACAUCCAGCUGAACAAGGCGGAGAAGGCGUGGAAGCCGUCGGUGAAGAAGUCCCGCGGACGCGGAGCGGAGGAAGAGGAGGAUCUGGAGGCGAUAAAGACGCAGGAGCUGUUCCGCCGCGUCCGCAGCGUCCUCAACAAACUGACCCCACAGAUGUUCCAGCAGCUCAUGAAGCAGGUGACCGAGCUGACCAUCGACACGGAGGAGAGACUGAAAGGGGUCAUCGACCUCGUCUUCGAGAAAGCCAUCUCAGAGCCCAACUUCUCUGUAGCUUACGCCAACAUGUGCCGCUGCCUUAUGGGGCUCAAGGUCCCCACCACAGACAAACCGGGAGUCACUGUGAAUUUCCGCAAACUGCUGCUUAAUCGUUGUCAGAAGGAGUUUGAGAAGGACAAGGAUGACGACGAGAUCUUUGAGCAGAAGCAGAAAGAGCUGGAUGCAGCAAAAGAGGACGAGGAGCGCCAGCGUCUGAAGGAGGAGCUGGAGGACGCGAAGGAUAAAGCCCGUCGCCGUUCCCUCGGCAACAUCAAGUUCAUCGGCGAGCUGUUCAAGCUGAAGAUGCUGACGGAGCCGAUCAUGCACGACUGCAUCGUGAAACUACUGAAGAACCACGAUGAGGAGAGCCUGGAGUGUCUCUGCAGGCUUCUGUCCACCAUCGGCAAGGACCUGGACUUUGAGAAGGCCAAGCCUCGUAUGGACCAGUACUUCAACCAAAUGGAGAAAAUCAUAAAGGAGAGGAAAACGUCCUCUAGGAUCCGCUUCAUGUUGCAAGAUGUUUUGGACCUCAGACGGAAUAACUGGGUUCCCAGGAGAGGAGAUCAGGGCCCCAAGACGAUCGACCAGAUCCACAAAGAGGCCGAGCUGGAGGAGCACCGAGAGCAGAUUAAAGUCCAGCAGCAGCUGCUGUCCAAAAAGGACUCUGCUCAAGGCCGCGGGGUCCGCGGGCCGCAUUCCUCCGGGGGUGGCCGGAACAGCCAGCCUCAGGACGAGGGCUGGAACACGGUGCCCAUCAGCACCAAAAGCAGACCCAUCGACACCAGCCGGCUCAGCAAGAUCACCAAGCCUGGUGCUUUGGACUUCAAUAACCAGCUCCUGGCCCCUGGAGGAAAGGGCUCAUGGGGCAGCUGGGGCAAAGGCAGCAGCGGAGGCUCCGGAGCCAAACCCAGCGCAGAGCAGGGAACAGACUCUGGCCGGCCGGCUACGAGCACCCUGAACCGUUUCUCUGCACUGCAGCAGCCUGCACCUUCAUCCACCUCCUCCUCUUCCUCUGUGGAUGCUGACCGCAGGGUUCCUCACAGGAGCAGUUCCAGCAGGGACCGCAGUGACCGAGACCGGAGCGAUCGUGAUCGGGGCGAUCGUUUUGAUCGGUUUGAACGGAGAGACAGCCGUGAGGACCGAGACCGAGCGCUCGACAGGAACCGUCCCCCCGUCACCAAGCGCAGCUUCAGCCGGGAGAACGAGGAGCGCACUCGCGGAGGAGAGGGCCGCGGCCCCGCUGACCCCGUGCGCCGUGUGGCCAGCAUGACCGACGACCGGGGCAGCCGAGACAGAGCCAGAAGCAAAGAGACUGUGAAGCGUGAAGCGGCUCCGACGCCGCCUCCUGCUCCUGCUAAACCAGCUCUGAGUGAAGAGGAGGUGGAGAAGAAGGCGACAGCCAUUAUUGAGGAGUAUCUCCACAUCAAUGACCUGAAGGAGGCGGUGCAGUGUGUGCAGGAGCUGAACAGCGCGUCUCUGCUGUACUUGUUUGUGCGGAGCGGUGUGGAGUCCACUCUGGAGCGCAGCACCAUCGCGCGAGAGCACAUGGGUCUCCUGCUGCAGAAGCUGCUCAGCGCCGGCAUCCUGUCGACUGAGCAGUACUACAAAGGGCUUCAGGAGAUUUUGGAGGUUGCUGAUGAUAUGGCCAUCGACAUUCCUCAUAUCUGGCUCUACCUGGCUGAGAUCAUCACCCCCAUGCUACAGGAGGGAGGAAUCCCCAUGGGUCAGCUCUUCAGGGAGGUGUCGAAGCCUCUGCUGCCUUUAGGAAAAGCUGCUACCUUACUGGUCCAGAUCCUCAGCCUUCUCUGCAAAGGGCUGAGUCAUAAAAAAGCUGGAGCCUUGUGGAACGAAGCCCGGCUCAACUGGAAGGACUUCCUUCCAGAGGAUGAAGAUGUGAACAAGUUUGUGACGGAACAGAAGAUGGAGUUCACCCUAGGAGAGGAGUCGGAGAAGCCCAGCAAGAAGCAGCUGACUGCAGAGGAGCUGAGCAAGAGCCUGGACCGGCUCAUCCACGACAAGGCCAACAACCAGAGAGUCCACGACUGGGUGGAGGCAAACCUUGAUGAGCAGCAGGUGGCCUCGAACCAGUUUGUGAGAGUUUUGAUGACUUCAGUGUGCCAAUCGGCCAUUUCUGAAAGCCCUUACAGGGUGGAUGUAGAGCAGAUUUCCCAGCGUGCAAAGCUGCUGCAGAAGUAUCUCUUGGACGAGCAGAAGGAGCUGCAGGCGCUCUACGCUCUCCAGGCUCUUAUGGUGCGACUGGAGCAGCCAGCCAAUCUGCUGCGGAUGCUCUUCGACGCUCUGUACGACGAGGACGUGAUUAAAGAGGAGGCCUUCUACAAGUGGGAGUCCAGCAAAGACCCGGCCGAGCAGGUGGGCAAAGGAGUGGCCCUCAAGUCAGUCACGGGCUUCUUCAACUGGCUGCGCGAGGCCGAGGAAGAAUCCGACAACAGCUAAUCAACAGCGCCCCCUUCAGCGCAGGAGUCACAGAGGGCGGAGCUUCUGACUACAAACUUGAACUCUUCUCUAUUAAGAGGCUCUUGAUGGAAACAAACUACAAUCAUUUCUUUUUUUUUCCCUCCCCGCCCCUCUGUAUUACUCCUCGUGGCAAUGUCCACUUGAAAAGAAAUAAAAAUAAAUAUUAAAAAAAAAAAUAGUUGAGGGGAAAUUAAAUAAUGCUUAAACGCGUUAACGGCGACCCGCUGUCACUUAUGAUGUAGUUUAAGAUAAAAAUUCCUUUAAAAAAAAAAAAAAAAAGUACCAACCAGCGCUGCUCUUAAAUGUAGAUUUAUAUGCAAAGUAUGACACAUUAGCUUAUAAAAUGUCAUAUAUGAUGUUCGGGAGGCAUGAAUCCGAUCAUGCCGUUAGGUUUCUGAUGCCAGAUCAAACACGCAGCGCUUACGUAGGGAUAUUUUUGUGUUUUCGGCGAAAGAUUGGUGUUAUUUUUAACUUUGAGCAGGAAGAGGCUGAUGAGCGUAGUAUUUACUGACUUCUCUUAAUGACUGAUGGAUUUCGAGGGGUUUAUAUAUUGUUUCCCCUCCUUUUUGCCUCCUGUUUACUCUGUUGGUGGGCGGCCGUGAGCAGGAUGGUAGGGGAUGGACUUCUGACUUAUCGACCCCUUUUUUUGCUGCUGGGGGGGGAGGGGGUCCACAUGCUUCCUUUUAAGCCAUCCUUGUCCCGCUGCCUUCCCCCGAGUUCCUGCGUUUUACCUCUUCAGUCUCCGAACUGUCGGGGCCUCGUCUCCGAACGGCCUCCGAGCGAGUCUGCAGUGGAUUUUUAAGAGAAAUCGUAAUUAAAACUUGAAGAGUUAGAGAAUAAAAAAUUCAACUUGAUGGAAUGACAGUAAUGAUCCUAAAAGCCUUUUCUACUUGCAAAGUGGAAACACAUUUCAGGAGCGUUCUGUACAUAUAUUAAGUUUUUUUUUUUUUUUUGUUUUUUCCGUUUUUUUUUUUUUCCUUUUCUUUUUUUCAAAAAAAACUAAAGAAAUAUCUGACAUUAAUGCCAUGUAUUUUUUUUUCCAACAGAAGUGGCAGAUUUUCCCUGUAUUUAAGAUUUUUCUUCCAGAUGGUGAGAGGUGCUUAAUAAUCCAUUGAUUUAGUUUUAUUGAAAAAAAUGUAAAUAUUUUUUUUCUUUUUUUCUUUUUUUUGCUUUCUUUAUUUAAGGAUUAAAUGCUUCUUUCACAUCAGAAACUGGAAACGCUGGGGGAAAAAAAGAACAUUUGAAAAUAAAAGACUAUCAAGUUGCUAA